AUGAUAAAAAGUUGUCAUUUACAUUAUAAAUCAUUAACAUUUUUACAAGUGCAAAAUAUUUUGUGGUAUAAAACUAGUGACAAAUUAAAAUUAUUUAAAUAUUUACAUUUAAAACAAUAUAAUACAAGAGCAUCGAUUACUCCAUCAACACAAGUCAGCAUGAGUGCAUUUAAAUUCCUUGAUUAUGAUUGUAUUGGAUUUGAUUUUGAUCAUACACUUUUACGUUACAAUAUAACAAACAUAGUGUAUUUAAUAUAUGAAACAUUAGCUAAUUAUUUAAUAUCAGAAAAAGGAUAUAAUUCUAAAUAUUUAUUAAAGCCAUUACAAGAUAAAGACUUAGACUUUAUGCAGAAAGGAUUAUUCUUAGAUUUUGAGAAAGGAAAUAUACUUAGAAUUAAUGCUGAUGGCAUAAUUCAAAGAGCAUGUCAUGGAACUAAUUUAUUAAGUAUUGAAAAAAUUAAAGAAAUAUAUCCCGGACAGAGAUGGGAAAUCACAGAUGCUUUUUGCAAUGAUAUGUUAUCCACAUGGAGUGGUCCUCCAUCAAUGAAAAUGAGAAGUUUAUUAGACUAUUUUGAUAUUUCCUCAUCUCUUAUUUUUGCAAGAUUAAUAGAUACACUCGAUGAAGAACAAGAAGAACCAUUAAAUGCAUAUAAUGUUUGGCCUGACAUGUUAGAUGGAUUGAUUGAAAUAUAUAAAAAAGAAAAUUUUAAAUUAGGCAAAGGAUAUUUUUAUCCUAGUCUAAAAGAAAAUCCUCAUAAAUAUAUGUAUAAAUGUACUGCAAAAACUAUAAAUUGGCUUCAAGAAUUAAAAAGACAUCGUAUUACUUUCCUUAUUACUACAUCAUAUAUCGAUGUUGUUGACUUUACUGCUACUUAUGCUUUAGGAAAAGAUUGGAAAUCACUAUUUGAUAUUAUUAUUUGUUAUUCAAGAAAACCUCGUUUUUUUACUGAAAAACAUCCAUUUUUUGAGAUUAUAAAUUAUGAAGAAGGUAAUAUUAUAAAAAGCAAAGAUUUAAAACAAGGUGGUAUAUAUAGCCAAGGUAAUUGGAAAGAACUUAUUGAAUUUUUUAAACGUAUAUCUGGAAAACAAAAUCCUCAAUGUAUAUAUGUUGGUGAUAAUCUUUUACAAGAUAUUUAUGUACCAAAUUCAUGUGUACAAUGUGAUACAGUAGCUGUAAUUGAAGAACAAAUGUCUGAAGGAAUGAUUCAUCAAAAAUUAUCACAUCCAGAUGAAAAAAUAUUAAAUUCAAUAUUUUGGGGCUCUUAUUUUUGUUUAAAAGAUGCAAAGAUUAAUAUGGAUUCGUUAUGGGGACAUGUUAUUAAAAAAUAUUCAAAACUUUGUAUACCUGAAGUAGAUUUAAUAGCUCAACAACCAUUAGAAGAAUCUUGGCUGUGUUUUAGUAAAGAUGGAAAGAAAUAUGAUGGAUAUUAUCCUGCAGUACCACUCAGUAUAUCAUCAUUUUAAAUUUGUCACUGAUACGUAUUAUACCAGCUAUCAAGGAACAAUUGCAAUAUUUAUUAAGAAAUAAAAAGGACUUAACACACACUAAACGUACAUUUAAAACAAAACGUGCUGAACAAAGACAACGAGAAGGACUAGCAGCAAUGGAGAAA